CAGAAUCUACGAGCGAUCUCGUCACUGCGGCGAACAGCGCGCUCUUAAUCCUCUAUAAUCUACUGUAACAUUCAGCCUCGGGAGGGGGAGGUUCGAUGUUGGUCCCUCCCGUGGCCCAAAGUGGGACUGGGGAUCGUCCCGUGGGCGACACGGGUGCCCGGGCCCAACAAACGUCCGGCCCUGCCGCGGCAGCAACCCUAUGGCCCUUAGCACCAGCACAGUCCAAUCAGGUUCCGAAUCAGCAGUCUCAGGGUAUUCCACCCCUGGCCGCCACUCCCGCGCCGGCUCACAAUCAAGGUGUGAGUCGUUACGGGCUGUACUCGUUAUUCCCUGGAGGUGGCGGGGGCAGUUACGUCGCGGCCACUCCCGCCACCCCCGGGCCACCCACACCUGCACGAGCUUAUCACGCGACAACACACAAGGAACGAACAGUUUCAGAGAGCGUGUUUUCCGCGGCAGUUGGGGUCGGAGUGGGUGGCUACACCUGGGGCGCUCCCACGCCACCCCCUGGAUCACCGUACAGCCCCGUGCCUGUGACGCAGCUCGAACUGCUGGCCAAGAAUUUGGCUAGCUUGGCUCCUCCGGGUCAACAGGCGCUUAGCCUUCAAGGUGUCGGUGUGAACGUUGGCAGCCUGCAUCACGCCCAACACACGCAGCACACGCAACACACGCAACACACCCUCAACCUGACUGGUCUUCAUCAUCUUCAUCAUGGAGGCUUGCACCAGAACACAUUUUCCCCUCAACUGUCACUGGUGACGGGUAACGCGCCAACGCUGACGAUCAACAGCUUCUCGUCGCCGAAUUCGACAGGGAACGUGGUACCAACGACAGGAGUGUUGCUGCAGGAGUAUCAGUCGCCGACGGGUUCGACUACCGGAUGCUCGGUCACCGUGAACGGCACCUCGUGCCCUACGAGCUCGACCACGAGCACGAUGGUGGUGCAGGGCAGCCAGGUUGUCCAGGCCACUGGCAAGAAGCGAGAGGCCUUUCUACCGAGUCAAGGUCAGCCAGUGAAACUGGAGAACAAAUCGUCCAGGCAGCCCUGCGUUUGCAGAAACAGCAACGGAAAGACAAAGGCAGUGCAUUCGGAUGCAGGCUGCAGCAGAACGUUGCCAGUCGCCUCGUCUUGGAACGGGCAGGAUGCAAAUUGCAAUAGCAAUAACAAUGCGAGUAGCAAUUUGGUGAAGAGGGAACCUUUGGCUUCGGUGCCUUGUCAAGUUGCUGAAGUCUCAACUUCCCUUCAUGCCACCACCACUUCCGUGAAAAUCGAACCCGUGCCACCGAAAUCGGAAAAUGGGAUCGUGGUGUCGAACGCAGGAGCCGGCGGUGUUCCGGUCGGGAUCGCGGUGGCCAGGCAGAGAUUGCAGCAUCAGGAAACGUCCACCUCGAUGCGCAAUGUUUCCCUGAGUCAUCACACCUCGCAUCACGCGAGCUAUCAUCACUUCCAGCCCGACAACCUGGGUUCGAACACGGCCAUGGCGGUAGGCGGUGCGACCCUGGUGCAUUGCGGAGGACCUGGAGGGGAGGACCGACCGGCCCACCUUGCCAUUCCCUCGGGAGCCCUGGCACCCUCGUUGAACGCCGCUCUUGGCUCCAGCCUGAAUUCCAGCCUGAAUUCCAGCCUAAAUUCCACGUUGGGUAGCAUCGGUGCGGCGGCGAGCGCGGCCACUGCUGCCACGGCCGCUGCCACUGCCGCAUGGCCGCCAACCUUAUGGCAGUACCCCGCGGCGGCCGCGGCUGCUGCAGCUGCAGCUGCAGCGAUGCCGAUGGAACCAGUUGGUUUUCCCCAAAUGGGCGUUGGUCUUCAAGGUGGUUUACAGUUGGUCAGGGAUCCAACGACAGGCCAUUUACUUCUUAUCCAUGCUGCUGAACAAAUGCAACAGGCAGUGGUAUGGCCGAAUUACUCAAAUCACAAUAGCGGAAAUGUCGCGCCACCGCCGCUUCUGCUUCCGCCGCCGCCGCCUUCUCUUCAACUUCUCAGCGACAUCGGUGGCGCCAGGCUGGUCCUUACGGAGAGUAAAAGAAAGCAGCAGAGCACCUUACCUAUCGUGAAAAUAGAAGCAGACUGUGGCACCAGCCCUACGACCAUAAUCACGUCCACGGAGUCCACGAAGGCGUUGCAGACCGUGACUUCGAUGACAGGAACCCUCGUGCCAGAUGCACCCCUCGUUACUACGCUUCACUAUUACCCGCAUGCUCCUGCGUUGGUUCAGAUCAGCCAGGCAGAGCCAACCCAUUGCAGAUCACAGCAGAGAAAUUCGUUUCUUUCGAAGGCGACUUCGCCGGUUUCGUGUUUGACGCCGCCGCCGGAAGUGACGACGAUCCACGCGAUGGAGCAACAGGAGGUGGUACCAAUCGUCGGUGUGCAGGACGCGUCGAACCAGACGGACGCACCGGAACCGGAGGAUCAAGAGCAGCAACAGCAACAGCAGCAGCAACCGUUGCUCGAAGCGUGCGUCAAGCAAGAGCAGAGUUUGAGCCCGUGUCAGUUGCAGAACUCGGCGACAAAUCUCACGCAAACAACCACCACCAACUUGACGAAUCUCACCAACUUCGAGAUCGUCGCCGCAUCACCGGAGAAGGUGUGCAACGUCGUGCGAAUAACCACGACCACGACCACUGUUAAUCCAGCGGUGUGCAGCCUGGUCGGCAAAGUGGACAAAGCGGAGAACACGGUCAUUAACAUGGCGGAUUGCCCGAAGUAUUCGGUGACGAAGGAAUGCAGGAGCGUGACGUCGAUCGAUCGAACGAUCGAGCACGUUGUGACGCAACAGAUCGAUCGAGAGCACGACGAUAGAAAUCAUCUGGGAGACGAGAAGAGCGAGGAGCAGCUCACGGAAGACAGAGUGCCGUGUCGGGAUAUCAGGAACGGUCCGAGGAUCAUCGAAAUCACCGAGGAGAACUGCGACAGUUUUCACGAGAACCUCGAGUUUUUCGGCAGCAGGAGAGACCAUUCUUUGGAUCGACUCCGCGACAGAAAGAAUAAUUACGUUCACGAAAGUGUGGACGUCGAGAUGGAGGAGGAGAUUGACGCGAAGGCUGCUCUUCCCGAUAAGAUUGAAAUACCUAAAAUUGAGGAAAGGCCUCCGAUCGAGUCGAACAGACACGCGAGUACGAUGGAAACGUCAGAGGCAGCAGAUCGGGCAAAUAAAUUGUCAGAAAGUAACGGCCAGUCGAGAAAUCGAAUGGAAAUCGACGGGAGUUACCAGAGUUUGGAGAAGAAUCGGGACGAACGUCCCGAGGCCCCGCUACCACGUCCACAGAUCACGGUGAAGUCUUUCGACAUGCCCAGCAUCGACUGCGACGAUCAAGUCGCCAAACCGAUCGUGAUCAAGCAGGAGGCCGACGAGACCGCCUCGUACGACGAUUUUUCCUCGGCUACGGAAAAGUCCAGGUGUCAGGACUCGUCGAAGAAGCACGCGACCGAGAAGAGUCAUCCCGGUAUCGAGAACGUGGUGGAGAAAUUAAAGAAGAACGCAGCGGCCGCUCUUCAAGAAACGACGUUUCAAAAGGUGGACGAUCCCAAGGACAAGAACGCGGAGGACUUGCGUUCGAGAAGGCACUCGGAACCAACGCCAACGAGGAGGUUGGAGAACGGUUUGAAGAAACACAUUCUGAAAUCUUGCGAGAACUCUCAAUUUUUGAACAAUUAUCCCGAGCCCGUGUCCCGUGAGACCGAGGUGUCGUCGUCGGAGGCGUCGAGAGUUAGUAAAGAUUCUCAGGAUGUUGCCAAUCACGAGCGUCCUUGCGACUUUUCCAUGAGCAAAUACCCCGUGCCCAGGAAAUGUUUCUUGAACCAGAACAGCAACAACGACAAGCCAAUCGAGCACGAAGACACCGUGGUGAAGAAAGAAAGUGUCUCCUCGCCCGAGUCGUGCGAAGCGGAGUUGAUGAACUGCACGGAGGACGUUGAGACGACGGUGUCUUCCGCGAAGCGAAAAUUAGAAAUCUCCGAUCAGGUGAACGCGUACGCCACGGUUGUGUGCGACGAUGAAUCGUCGAAGUCAGCGAGGAACGCUGUCAAUUUGAAACAGAAACCGGUAGUCGACAUCAGCGGGUUGGAACUGUUGUCGAACAGCAUCGAGCAACUGGAACAGCUGAAGCCGCCGAACACGCAGAACGUCGCCGCGGCGACGACCGAAUUGGAAAGAGCGUCGGCGAGAGCGACCAUGGACAGCCCUUUGGGACUGUUGUGCGCCCUCGCGGAACAGCGAUUUAUGGAAGAGAUGGGCGACGAGGUCAUCAAUUUGGAGAACUCCGAAGAGAUAUCGCACGCCGGCAGGUUGUUGCUGAAUCUGGGCAGGAUGAACGUUCAGAACAAGGAAAUGAAACCGACGGAGAAGAGAAAGUAUGAGCAAGGAGAUUCGCAGGGCUGCGAGAGUCUCAAGAAGCUGAAAAUCGAUGGCGAAGCCGAGAACGACGGCUACGACUCGUUGCGUUACGAGGAUCGCAAUAAUGGUGAAACGUACGGCGAACAAGUGCAGGAGGAGUUUAUACUGAAAGCGAAGGCGAAGACGAGAAGCGCAAAUUUGUCGGAGAAAAAUUAUGCUAAUGACAACGAAGACGUUGAUAUGUUAGAAGACGCUUCUCUUGACAGGAAUACUUCUCAAAACGAGAGUUUUGAGCAGAACGAGAGGCAGUAUCUAAUGAACGGGACGUAUAGCAAUAAUCGAUCUAUCGACCAUCAUUUCUCGGAUUUGGACGAUGAAAUGUACGAUCAGAGAAUGUCUCCGAGUGAUAAAGCGGCGGAGAAUAACGAGGACAGCGGUGAUGCGAAGAGCAGGAUUUCUAUGGAGCAUCGCCACGAUUACAGGAACCUGCAGGCGAAAUUGGACGCGAAGAAAUUCUUAGCACGGAAAGGCCAUACUGAUAAUAACGAAGACUGGCCUGACAUGGAUGCCAUGGAAUUGCACAUGAGAGUUCAAUUGGCAGAUAUACAGAGGCAGUACAAAGAAAAGCAGAAGGAAUUGUCGAAACUAACUCCAAAGAAGGACGAGAAGAAAAGUCCGGGACGACCACGUAAGAAAAGCCAUUCCUCUAGUUCUGAUCCUACUGCAUCCCCUUCUACGUCAGAACAGACGCCUUCGCCACAAAAAUCUCCAUUGCCCGAAGAACCUACGACAUCAGCAACUUCAACUAUUUUAGCAAUGUCAAGGUGCAAUGUAAAUUUGAUAAAAUUGGAUGAGCAGAGAAGUCACAUCAAGUUGUUGGAUAGUAUACCGAGCAUUCCGAUGCCUGUUGCACCGGUUGCUUCACCAAUAUUACCUUCGAGCAAAUCAUCACAGGACGACGAUGAGAAAAGCACUGGACGGCUUGGCUACGACACGUCUUCACCAGCGCCUACAGUUGCCAGCUCCAGCUCGGCGUCGAAGAAACGAAAGGUUGGCCGUCCAAGGAAAUUAAUGUACACCUCUGGAAGUGUACGACACCUCACAGAGACAAUAGUUGCUAAGAAACCUAAGAGCAAAAGUUCCUUGGUCGGCUAUCUUCUAUCUUCGAAGAACAGACAUUUACAGACAAAAGUAAGUUUUUAUCUUGCAAAUCUGAGACACACCAGAACUGUAUUAUAAGAAUGUAUUGUAAGAAAGGAUGGUUGCGAGUGUAUGUGAUUGCAAAUUAGGUGUGUCUGCAAUUUUAGCCUGGGCAAUUGAAAUGUAAACGGAAAAAUUGUUUGAUUGCCGGAAGUAUGAGAGAGAGAGAGAGAGAGAGAGAGAGAGAG